AUGUGUGGCGACAGACCCUUCUACUGUGCACUGCACGAUGCCGUCUUCAACGGCAAAGCACAGGCAGCCGUGUGGCUUCUCGAGCAGAAUGCGGACCCUUCCGUCAAGAAUAUGGAAGGUUUUACGGCCCUGCACUGGCUGGCCUUGCGUGGCAUGGAUGAAGAUGACGAUGUGGAGGUCGUCGUUCGUUCUUUGGUCCGCGCUCGCGCCGCUGUCGACGAGGGCACAGAGGACGGUAGCGUUCUGGGCCGAAUACCACUGGAGCUGGCGGUGAAGCCAGGGAGCUUAUUUCCUAAGCACCUGCUCUAUCUUCUUGCGCCUUCCUACCAGGUACUUGACCAGAGGCUGCAAACGACCCACAUGCCGCGCUGCUCCUUCUUCGAGGAUCUUGCCCUCAUGUCGGGUCACAGUGGCAAGGCAGCGCAGGACUUCGCAGACCGUGUUGCCAGAAUGCCGGGCCCCACUGCGAAGCAGAAGGCCGGGAGCCGGGGGUGCGACAUGGACUGGGGUGACAGUGAGGGGCCUCGCAAGUCGGGCUAG